UUAAAAUGACAAUGACAAUGCUGUAUUUUAAAUAUAAAAAAUGUAUUUUUAAAAUAUAAUUUUUGUCAGUCAAUAACAAUCAGACAGUCGAUUAAUUGAUUUUUUUAAGACUCUUAACUAGUUUUAAAAUAAUCGGAAUAUCUUCUCAUCAGAGAAGCUGAUGAACUUGACCCAGAUAGAAAAAACUAUAGAAGAAUGAUUUAGCCUUCCAAAACUGGGUUAAUAGUAUGGACGAACCUUUCGAUUCUUCCUAUAAAAAGGGAUGGAAAAAUCGCUUCUUCAUCAGUUCCGUUCGUCAUGUUCCUUCUGGUAAUUUUGGGAUGCUGUUGGGGUAUAUCUAAUGCCCAAUAUGCUCAAAACUCUCAACCUGUGUAUCAAGACAGACCGAGGCAAACGUACGCUCCCGCUCCAGUCCAUUACGUAAACAUAGGCGCACAGCUGCAAGGAGACUACAAAUUUGGUUACGAUACGGGAAAGGGAUCGGAUGGACAGAGUUUUAGAGAAGAAACUAGAUUACCCGACGGAAGUGUUCAGGGGGCGUAUGGUUAUGUGGAUGCCACCGGUAAACAGAGAAUCGUGAAAUACACGGCAGGUAAAGACGGCUUCGUGGCUCACGGAGAUGUGGGAGUAGAAGGGGCUCCCAAAGCCACCUCGCCCGGACCCGCUCCACGACCCGUAGCCACUCAGUCCGUCGCACCUCAGGGUUAUCAACCUCAACAAGUGUCCCAACAACCUCCUCAACAGUACGGUCCUCCUGCGGGACAAUAUCAAGUCAGUAACGAUGUUAAUAACGGGAGGUACUAUGCUUAA